ACCAGAAAAUGCCUCAGCAUGCGAACUGACAACCAGAGCUUCCUGUGGGACCCCCCGAGGGACUUCAUCCUUCUAGGUGUUUCUGACAGGCCAUGGCUGGAACUCCCUCUCUUUGUGGUCCUCCUGGGGUCGUACGUCCUUGCCAUGUUGGGGAACAUCACCAUCAUCCUGGUGUCCCGGCUGGACCCCCAGCUCCAGAGCCCCAUGUACACCUUUCUCAGGCACCUGUCCUUCCUGGACCUCUGCUACACCACCACCACGGUCCCUCAGAUGCUGGCCAACAUGGGAGGCUCCAAAAAGACCAUCAGCUACAGUGGCUGCACAGUGCAGUACGCGAUUUUCCACUGGUUGGGCUGCACUGAGUGUGUCGUUUUGGCCGCCAUGGCCCUAGACCGCUAUGUGGCCAUCUGCGAGCCCCUGCGGUACACCCUUGUCAUGCAUGGGCCUCUCUGCCAGCAGCUCGUGCUCGUGGCCUGGCUCAGUGGCUUUGGCAACUCCCUAGUUCAGGUAGUCUUGACGGUGCAGUUGCCUUUCUGUGGGCAGCAGGUGCUAAACAACUUCUUCUGUGAGGUACCAGCUAUGAUCAAGUUGUCGUGUGCAGAUACAGCCAUUAAUGACACCACAUUGGCUGUGCUGGUGGCCUUCUUCGUGCUGGUCCCCCUAGCUCUCAUCCUGCUCUCCUAUGGCUUCAUUGCCCGUGCGGUGCUCAGGAUCCAGUCCUCAAAGGGACGGCACAAGGCCUUUGGGACCUGUUCCUCCCACCUGGUGGUGGUCUCCCUCUUCUACCUUCCUGCCAUCUACAUGUACCUGCAGCCCCCUUCCAGCUACUCCCAAGAGCAGGGCAAGUUCAUCUCCCUCUUCUACUCCAUAAUCACCCCCACCCUCAAUCCCUUCAUCUACACCCUGAGGAAUAAGGAUAUGAAGGGAGCUCUGAGAAGACUCCUGGCAAGGGUCUGGAUGCUUUGCAGAAGAUGAAGACCUGAGAUGUGACGAUUUCCAUUGGUUACAGAACACCAAGCAGGUGUAUUGUGUGCUGAAAGCAC